GAAAUAAAACACUGAGGGAGAAAGUGACAGGAUUGGGCUGCCCCCCAACUCAGAUGUCUCUGUGUCAGGGCAGCCGGGUCUGGUAGGCUCUGGUGCCGGCUGCAAGCCUGCUAGAGUCUUAGUCCUGAGGGAUCUGCCAAGUGAUCAGGGAGAGAUAGGAGGCUGGGGGAUGCUUCUACUGUGCUCCCAGCCCUAAGGAGACCACAGCUCCUGAGAUGGACCCAGGACAGCACUAGUGCCUGCCCUGAGCCUUCCCCAAGUCCUGCCUUGUCUAAGUGCCUGGGAGUGCCGCUUGGUAGAACGUGGUAGCAUCUCUGUCUGUAACAAGGAGAUAGAAGCUCAAAGAAGUGACCAGACUUGUCCCUGGUCCUGUGAUCUCCAAGGAGAGAAACUGAGACCCCACUGAGGUCUCGUGGCUCUCUCUCCAGCCCCAUUUCACUUCUCCCAGUAUGAGUGGGGCCAGGUGGUUGAAGCCAGUAUUGAAGCUGGGACGUGGGCAGCUGCAGCAGUGAGGCUGGCACAGGCGUGAUGGGAGACGCCACCCAGCAUGGGGAGCCUGGGAGUUCCCAUCCACCUGCCGGUGUGUCCAGGAGAGCCCCCUCCCCCUGCUGUGCCCAGCAGCCUCCCUUCUCCUCUGCUUCCCACAUGGGUGGCACUGGGCCAUCGGAGCCCUUCCAUAGGUGGGUAUCCCCUCAUCCCUGAGGGUGGGAAGAUAUGACUCAGGAUUUGGCAACAGAGUUUUAGAAACAGGGAGGCUGGGCAGGUGGAAAUCUGCAAUGCCUCCCCAAACACCAGGUAACACCUAAGCCUGGGGAGAGGGUCACUUUACUCUCUGGGGUCCCGACUUCAGGCUCUGACUGGGCAGCGUGGCAUGAGACGGAGGGCCCAGGCUCUUGGGGCAGCGGAGCACCACGGGCCAGGAGAGAAAGCCCCCAUCUCCACCCUUUUCCUUGGCGUGGUGGCCACCAGCUGCUGCUUUUGCCCGCUGGUCCGGCCAGUACCCCUCCCCGCCUGGCCACCUGAACCCUGAGGCCUGGUAUGGGGGAGGCUGCAGCAGCAGAACUGUUGGAUUGGCUCUCUGCUGAUGCCUUCCCUCCGACAUAUGGCUCCUCCGCCUGCCUUGGGCUCUGCCAGCGGCUCCCCUUUCUCCAUGGCAACUCAGCUCAGUGGUCCCAGUGGAGGAGAGAAAAUCAAUUCUCCCUCCUUCCCGCCCUCCCUCUCCACUCCCCACCCCUUCCUCUCCGGCCUGCCUUUCUCCCUUCCUCCAGCAUCCCUGACCAGGCUCGCAGCUCCUCCGUCCACCCGUCCCGGGGACACGCGUGCUCCUCAGCGUCCUCUGUCUCUAGGCAUGGGCUGCUGGGAGAGCCGUGCGCUGGGGGCGGCCCCCUGAGGCUGGCAGCAUGGGGAGCUCAGUGGACCUCUGCAGGGAUUGGGGGGCUGCUGUGCGACCCCAGCCCGGCUCCUGUGGUGUGCACCUCCUGGCUCUGAUACUUUGUCCCCCCACCCCUUCCCUCACAUUGGCUUCCUAAAAGGGGUCCUCGGUGAAUUUUGUAAUGGUUAUUUAAGGAACCUUGCCUAGAAGUCCCAACUUGCAGUUCCCCAUCGACGGGAAGGCUUGGACUCCAAGAUGAUUAUAAAGGAAUAUCGGAUUCCUCUGCCAAUGACCGUGGAGGAGUACCGCAUUGCCCAGCUGUACAUGAUACAGAAGAAGAGCCGUAACGAGACAUACGGUGAAGGCAGCGGCGUGGAGAUCCUGGAGAACCGGCCGUACACAGAUGGCCCAGGCGGCUCUGGGCAGUACACACACAAGGUGUAUCAUGUGGGCAUGCACAUCCCCAGCUGGUUCCGCUCCAUCCUGCCCAAGGCAGCCCUGCGGGUGGUGGAGGAGUCCUGGAAUGCCUACCCCUACACCCGAACCAGGUUCACCUGCCCUUUCGUGGAGAAAUUCUCCAUCGACAUCGAAACCUUUUAUAAAACUGAUGCUGGAGAAAACCCCGAUGUGUUCAACCUCUCUCCUGUGGAAAAGAACCAGCUGACAAUCGACUUCAUCGACAUUGUCAAAGACCCUGUGCCCCACAAUGAGUAUAAGACAGAAGAGGACCCCAAACUGUUCCAGUCAACCAAGACCCAGCGGGGGCCCCUGUCAGACAACUGGAUCGAGGAGUACAAGAAGCAGGUCUUCCCCAUCAUGUGUGCAUACAAGCUCUGCAAGGUGGAGUUCCGCUACUGGGGCAUGCAGUCCAAGAUCGAGAGGUUCAUCCAUGACACCGGACUACGGAGGGUGAUGGUGCGGGCUCACCGGCAGGCCUGGUGCUGGCAGGACGAGUGGUAUGGGCUGAGCAUGGAGAACAUCCGGGAGCUGGAGAAGGAGGCGCAGCUCAUGCUUUCCCGCAAGAUGGCCCAGUUCAAUGAGGAUGGUGAGGAGGCCACCGAGCUCGUCAAGCACGAAGCCGCCUCGGACCAGGCCUCUGGGGAGCCCCCGGAGCCCAGCAGCAGCAAUGGGGAGCCCCUGGUGGGGCGGGGCCUCAAGAAACAGUGGUCCACAUCCUCCAAGUCGUCUCGGUCGUCCAAGCGGGGAGCGAGUCCUUCCCGCCACAGCAUCUCGGAGUGGAGGAUGCAGAGUAUCGCCAGGGACUCGGACGAGAGCUCAGACGACGAGUUCUUCGAUGCGCACGAGGACCUGUCUGACACAGAGGAAAUGUUCCCCAAGGACAUCACCAAGUGGAGUUCCAAUGACCUCAUGGACAAGAUCGAGAGCCCAGAGCCGGAAGACACACAAGAUGGUCUGUACCGCCAGAGCGCCCCUGAGUUCAGGGUGGCCUCCAGUGUGGAGCAGCUGAACAUCAUAGAGGACGAGGUUAGCCAGCCGCUGGCUGCACCGCCCUCCAAGAUCCACGUGCUGCUACUGGUGCUGCACGGAGGCACCAUCCUGGACACGGGCGCUGGGGACCCCAGUUCCAAGAAGGGUGAUGCCAACACCAUCGCCAACGUGUUCGACACCGUCAUACGCGUGCACUACCCCAGCGCCCUGGGCCGCCUUGCCAUCCGCCUGGUGCCCUGCCCGCCUGUCUGCUCUGACGCCUUUGCCCUGGUCUCCAACCUCAGCCCCUACAGCCAUGACGAAGGCUGUCUGUCCAGCAGUCAGGACCACAUUCCCCUGGCUGCCCUCCCCCUGCUGGCCACCUCCUCCCCCCAGUACCAGGAGGCGGUUGCCACAGUGAUUCAGCGAGCCAACCUUGCGUAUGGGGACUUCAUCAAGUCCCAGGAGGGCAUGACCUUCAAUGGGCAGGUCUGCCUGAUUGGGGACUGCGUCGGGGGCAUCCUGGCAUUUGAUGCCCUAUGCUACAGCAACCAGCCGGUGUCUGAGAGUCAGAGCAGCAGCCGCCGGGGCAGUGUGGUCAGCAUGCAGGACAACGACCUGCUGUCCCCGGGCAUUCUGGUGAAUGCAGCACACUGCUCCGGUGGUGGCGGUGGCGGUGGUGGCAACAGUGGUGGUGGUGGCAGUAGUGGUGGCUCCAGCCUGGAGAGCAGUCGGCACCUGAGCCGAAGCAACGUCGACAUCCCCCGCAGCAAUGGCACCGAGGACCCCAAAAGGCAGCUACCCCGCAAGAGAAGCGACUCGUCCACCUAUGAGCUAGACACCAUCCAGCAGCACCAGGCCUUCCUGUCCAGCCUCCAUGCCAGCAUGCUGAGGACUGAGCCCUGCUCACGCCGUUCCAGCAGCUCCACCAUGCUGGACGGCACAGGUGCCCUGGGCAGGUUUGACUUUGAGAUCACGGACCUCUUCCUCUUCGGGUGCCCGCUGGGGCUGGUCCUGGCCUUGAGGAAGACUGUCAUCCCAGCCCUGGAUGUUUUCCAGCUGCGGCCGGCCUGCCAGCAAGUCUACAACCUCUUCCACCCCGCGGACCCGUCAGCGUCGCGCCUGGAGCCGCUGCUGGAACGGCGCUUCCACGCUCUGCCGCCUUUCAGUGUCCCCCGCUACCAACGCUACCCGCUGGGGGACGGCUGCUCCACACUGCUGGUCGAGACCGUGCAGAGAAACCCUGAGCUGGUCCUGGAGGGCGGCCCCCUGGCCCCUCUCCCCCACGGGGACAGCUUCCUGGAAACCAGUAUGCCUGUUCCCGCGCCCACCUGGCAAGACGGGCCCCGCCCGGGCUCUGCCGAGUCGGAUGUGCUCCAGACCUACAAUGCGGCCUUCCAAGAGCAUGCCACCCCGUCCUCGCCCAGCACUGCCCCUGCCAGUCGUGGCUUCCGCCGAGCCAGUGAGAUCAGCAUCGCCAGCCAGGUGUCAGGCAUGGCCGAGAGCUACACAGCAUCCAGCAUUGCCCAGAAGGCCCCCGAUGCGCUCAGCCAUACCCCCAGCGUCAGGCGUCUGUCCCUGCUCGCCCUGCCCCCACCCCGCCCUAUCACCCCUGGCCCCCACCCUCCAGCCAGGCAGGCGAGCCCCAGCCUGGAGAGGGCCCCUGGCCUCCCUGAGCUGGACAUCAGAGAAGCCCCAGCCCAAUCACGGCCCCUCCUGGCAGUCGCUGCAAAGUGGUGGGGCCAGAAGCGGAUCGACUAUGCCCUGUACUGCCCUGAUGCCCUCACGGCCUUCCCCACGGUGGCUCUGCCUCACCUCUUCCACGCCAGCUACUGGGAGUCAACAGACGUGGUCUCCUUCCUGCUGAGACAGGUCAUGAGGCAUGACAACUCCAGCAUCUUGGAGCUGGAUGGCAAAGAGGUGUCGGUGUUCACUCCCUCCAAGCCAAGGGAGAAGUGGCAGCGCAAGCGGACCCACGUGAAGCUGCGGAACGUGACGGCCAACCACCGGAUCAAUGAUGCCCUCGCCAAUGAGGACGGCCCCCAGGUUCUGACGGGCAGGUUCAUGUAUGGGCCCCUGGACAUGGUCACCCUGACUGGGGAGAAGGUGGAUGUGCACAUCAUGACCCAGCCACCCUCAGGCGAGUGGCUCUACCUGGAUACGCUGGUGACCAACAACAGUGGGCGUGUCUCCUACACCAUCCCUGAGUCGCACCGCCUGGGCGUGGGUGUCUACCCCAUCAAGAUGGUGGUCAGGGGAGACCACACGUUUGCCGACAGCUACAUCACUGUGCUGCCCAAGGGCACAGAGUUCGUGGUCUUCAGCAUCGACGGCUCCUUUGCCGCUAGCGUGUCCAUCAUGGGCAGCGACCCCAAGGUGCGGGCCGGGGCCGUGGACGUGGUGCGGCACUGGCAGGACCUGGGCUACCUCAUCAUCUACGUGACGGGCCGGCCCGACAUGCAGAAGCAGCGGGUGGUGGCGUGGCUGGCCCAGCACAACUUCCCCCACGGCGUGGUGUCCUUCUGUGACGGCCUGGUGCAUGACCCGCUGCGGCACAAGGCCAACUUCCUGAAGCUGCUCAUCUCCGAGCUGCACCUGCGUGUGCACGCGGCCUACGGCUCCACCAAGGAUGUGGCGGUCUACAGCGCCAUCAGCCUGUCCCCCAUGCAGAUCUACAUCGUGGGCCGGCCUACCAAGAAGCUGCAGCAGCAGUGCCAGUUCAUCACGGACGGCUACGCAGCCCACCUGGCGCAGCUGAAGUACAGCCACCGGGCGCGGCCUGCUCGCAACACAGCCACCCGCAUGGCGCUGCGCAAGGGCAGCUUCGGCCUGCCUGGCCAGGGCGACUUCCUGCGUUCCCGGAACCACCUGCUUCGCACCAUCUCGGCGCAGCCCAGCAGGCCCAGCCACCGGCACGAGCGGACACAGAGCCAGGCAGAUGGCGAGCAGCGGGGCCAGCGCAGCAUGAGCAUGGCGGCCGGCUGCUGGGGCCGCGCCAUGACUGGCCGCCUGGAGCCGGGGGCGGCCACAGGCCCCAAGUAGGGCACCGUGAGUGCAGUGCGAGGUCUCCAUGGUGCUAGGAGGCCUGGCCUGGGUACAUGCAGAGACGUGGGCCCGGGAGCUUGUCCCAGGGCCUUGCAGAGGACACGGGCCACACCACACAGUGCUCCCUGCCCUGCCUCACGUUCUCGGGCCUGACGGGUCCAGCUUGUCAUGGAAGCUGGCAGGGACCACCAGCCCCAGGAUGGCAGAGGGACCAGGACUCCCCACUCAGACUGGCCUGGGAGGCUCUCCCAGACAUUUUGCCCUGCGUGGAUCUCCAAGUGUCCUGGUGCCAGGUGUGGGCCCAAGCCCAGCCUGUCACAUCCCCAUUCACUGGCCACCCUCACUCCCAGGUCCCCUCCCAUUUGGUAGCAGCUCCAACGGGGUCCAGCCUGCAUCUUGUUAACUCGAGUUUCUCAACUGUCCAACCUCACUGGUUUUGCACUGAUUUUUGAGAGCGGAGACCCAUUACCACCUCCUAUGGCUACAGACCCGUUGACAUGCAUGAAACUCAGUACCUGCUGACCCAGGACCUACAACCACACUGAAGGCUCCAGUGCGGCAGAGCCUCGUGCAAGCAGGAGAGAAAGGCCAUAUCUUAAUUUCUGCGCCCCGGACCCUGCCCACCUGUCCGCCUGCCCUGCCUGGAGCCCAGGCCAGUGUUGUUUCCAGCCUCAGGCCACGGGCUGGACGGGCCUGGCCGCCUCUUCCGCUCCCUGCCAUCAGUCAAGGCCGCCCGCCCACGUUUCUACGCCUUUCUACUUCUCAAUCUGAUUUCUAUGAGGUUUUUUUAAAUGAGCAAUCCUUGGCUGCUUCCUUUUCUUAACUCUUUCAGUACUGAGAGCAGCCCCUCCACACUGAAAACACCCAGCACUGUGACGGAGUCCAGCCUGGUUCUGGGUCCCGUGGGCCCUGCUCCUGCCCACUCAGCGAGGCAUGGGCUCCUUGCCUCACCCGCCCCCGGCAAUCACACUGAAUUUCUACUCUGGGGUGGGUGGGGCACACACUUCGGUUUUUUUAACGCCAAUUCCGUUUUCAUGCCGAAUCUAAGAAGCCACAACUUGCUUUGUCAGCUUCAGGGCAGGCAGCCAUGACUUCAUUUCUCGCUUGAACAAGGACCAUGCUGUCCUGCACGCUGGGUCUGACCGUCUGCCCUCUCUCCCCAGCACCAAGCGUACCUUGGCUGUGGCGCUCAAUGGCCAGCUCCAGUGGCCCCUCUGCUGCUCCUCGGCUUUCCCUGAGGUGGGAGAGCCUGCCUGGCCUCAGCCUUUGUCCAGCGAACAGGCUACGUCCCCAAGAAGCUACGGCCGACCUGGGCCUGGCGUUGGGCCGCGUGGACGGGGCUGGGGAGGUGCACAGAGUGAUGUUAACUUUUUCUUGUGUGUAGAUAUGUACAGCCAAAGGGUCGUGUAAAUGUUCUGCAAAAGUGGGUCUAUACAGAGUGAAAGCUAUUUAUUUUGUGCAGAGAAAAAUGUCUGGAGGGAUGGAACCUUCAGGGUUUAUUCAUAUUUAAGAUGUAGCUUUUUGUUGUUGUUUCAGGCAUUAUGUAUAAAGCAACGAUUAUUUUAUGGACCAAGUUUUCAUGUAACUGUUGCAGUGAAAGUGCAAUAUCUGACACCCCUGCUCCCAGCGGGAAGUCGCUUGGCCCGACAAUCACAGCCCCAGUCAGGGGCCCUGUGGCCAGUGCCUCCUCCACUCUCGGCCCCACCUCAUCCUGUCUUGCCUGCUGCCUCGGUGACCAGCCAUCCAGAGAAGCACCUGGAAGAGUCUCGGGCCCUCCUGCAAUAAAGGCCGGGAGGCCCUGUGGGCAUUGGGCUCAGCCUCUCCCUAGGGGGCAGCUCCCCCACGGCUCCUCGCUCCCCACCUGCCUGCCCAGCCGCCAGCCAUGCCAAGGACAACAGCAAUAGUCCCCUGGGGCUCUCCCAGCGGCCCUCAGCCAUAGAUGGCAAGGUGGGCAGCCCACCCCCCAUGGGAAGUCUCUUCUGUAUCCAGGUCUGCUUUCCUCCUCCCUUCAGAUUCCUUUUGGCACAUUCUCCUCUUGAGGAAGCACCAGUCUUUCUGAAACUGAGAGAGGGAGGGCAACGUCCUUUAAAAAUACCAAAAAUGUUUACAGAGUUGGGUGCUGAGCUGCAGGGCUCAGGCCUGACCAGUCAUAACCAAAGGGUGAGGCAGGCCUUGCUGACUGCCACCCCCCAGGCCUGUUAGAAUAGAAGCCUUAGUCCCACUCCCACCACACCCCCAGGCCCCAGGCCCCACCACCUGCCUUCUCUUUGAUUUCUAAAGAGGGAUUCAGCAGAGACCCCCACCCCUCCCUGGCUCAGUCUGAGUCCCACUGCCCGCCCCAUCACAGCCUUCAUGUCUCAGCCCCUCCUGUCUGGUCUGUCCAUGUGCCAUCUGUCUCUCUGGGCCAUGUGUGAGCAGCAUCCCCACUCUCCCCACCUGUCCCUGCUGUCCCCGCAUCAUUGGGCCUGAGUGUGCUCUGUAUACAACGUCAUGUCUGUUACACCAAUUAAAGAAGCGGGAAGGCUUC